UCGCAUUGCGCAUGCGCACAGGAGGCCAUGUUGUUGUAGUUCUGUGGGACUGGACCGUCAUAUCCCUCCGUUACUGUAUGUCUCUGCGAUCAUCACCCCCCUCCCGUUUUUGACAUCGGGGACACGUAAAUAAACCGGAGGACGCAAACGGUGACUCGCACAAUGAAUUUAAGCCUGGAUCUGUCGCGCAGAAACCCUCAGGAGGACUUUGAGCUGAUCCAGAGGAUCGGGAGCGGAACCUAUGGGGAUGUGUACAAGGCUCGUAAUGUCAACACUGGAGAACUGGCUGCUAUCAAAGUCAUCAAACUAGAGCCAGGAGAGGACUUUGACGUGGUGCAGCAGGAGAUUAUUAUGAUGAAAGAUUGUAAACAUUCAAACAUUGUUGCAUAUUUUGGCAGUUACCUCAGGAGAGAUAAAUUAUGGAUCAGCAUGGAAUACUGUGGUGGAGGCUCACUCCAGGAUAUUUACCAUGUUACUGGGCCAUUGUCAGAAUCCCAAAUUGCGUAUGUAUGUCGGGAGACCCUGCAGGGUGUUUACUAUCUCCAUAACAAAGGCAAGAUCCACCGAGAUAUAAAGGGUGCAAAUAUACUGUUGACGGACAAUGGCUAUGUUAAGCUAGCUGAUUUUGGCGUUUCAGCUCAGAUAUCAGCCACUUUAGCAAAAAGAAAGUCCUUCAUUGGAACUCCAUAUUGGAUGGCACCUGAGGUGGCAGCAGUUGAACGGAAAGGUGGAUACAAUCAGCUGUGUGAUAUCUGGGCUGUGGGCAUCACAGCUAUUGAGCUGGCAGAGCUAGAGCCACCAAUGUUCGACUUGCACCCCAUGAGAGCACUUUUCCUAAUGACCAAGAGCAGUUUCCAACCUCCUAAGCUGAAAGACAAAGUAAAGUGGACAAAUAAUUUCCACCACUUUGUGAAAAUGGCUUUGAUCAAAAACCCCAAGAAGAGACCGACGGCUUACAGAUUACUGCAGCACCCAUUCGUUACCCAACCGCUUAGCCGGACUCUUGCCAUUGAGCUACUGGACAAAGCCAACAACCCUGACCACAGCACACACAGUGAUGCAGAGGAGGAUGACAUUGACCCAGAGUCUCCCGUGUCUGUUCCGCAUAGGAUCCGCUCAACUAGCAGGAGCUCACGAGAUGGAAAGACUCUGUCUGAGAUUAACUUUGAUAAGGUGAAGUUCGACCCGCCUCUGAGAAAAGAAACCGAACCGCAUCUUGAGAUGGAUCUACCAUUAGAGCCCCAAAGCAUUCUGGGAAAUAACAAGAGUCUAUUAAAAUCUGUUGCUGAGGAGCUCAAUCAAAGGGGUCAUGUGACACAUUUAGAGGAUGAGGAGGAGGAUGAAGGUGAUGAUUUGCACAGUAACUCCACUUCAACCAUGAGGCCUAAAGUGCCACCUCCUCUGCCACCCAAGCCGAAGCUUCUGUCUCCCGGUCAGAGCAGUGCCGCCUCAGAGGACAAUACCGGAGAAGGGACCAUUAAACGUUCCCCAGCUUCUGCAAGCUCCACCCCUCCUGUCCGGCCUGCUUCCUGUGUGCCCCCCAGACCACCACCUCCUCGCCUGCCUCCACACAGGCGUAGUAGUCUAGGUAAUGGAGUUUCUGUCCAGGAGAAUGGAGAGAAAGAAAAACUUGCCUCCCUUCCUUCACCUAAUCUAAUGUUUCCAUUCAGUAAUGGCCUCCCACCGACCCCUAAAGUACAUAUGGGAGCUUGUUUCUCUAAAGUGUUUAACGGCUGUCCCCUAAAGAUUCACUGUGCCUGUUCCUGGAUAAACCCAAACACCAGAGAUCAGUAUCUGAUUUUUGGUGCAGAGGAAGGAAUUUACACCCUCAAUCUGAAUGAAAUCCAUGAGAGCACAAUGGAACAGCUGGUUCCACGGAGGUGCACAUGGGUGUAUGUAAUGAACAACUGGCUGCUUUCAAUAUCAGGUAAAGCAUCUCAGCUGUACUCUUACAACCUGACGAUGCUUUUUGAGCAAGCUCGACAAAUGCAGAAGUUACCUGUUGCCAUACCAACACAUAAACUCCCAGACAAAAUCAUCCCACGGAAGUUUACUGUGUCCAAUAAAAUACCAGAUACGAGGGGUUGUCAGAAAUGUUGUGUAGUGCGAAACCCAUACACUGGUCAUAAGUACUUAUGUGGAGCUUUCCAGUCCAGCGUAAUGCUGUUUGAAUGGGUGGAAGCCAUGCAGCGCUUCAUGCUGAUAAAGAGCAUAGACCUCACCCUGCCGUGUCCAUUAGAAGUCUUUGAGAUGUUGGUGCUUCCUGAGCAGCAUUAUCCACUGGUUUGUGUGGCAGUCAGUAAAGGAAGCCACCCUGAUCAGGUGGUCACGUUUGGCACUGUUGAUCCCAAUGCCCCCAACCCAGCGUUUACAGAGCCCGAAACACCUCAAACGUGUGUCAUACAUGUGACUCAGCUGGAGAGAGAUACCGUCCUAGUGUGUCUAGAUCGGUGUAUAAAGUUGGUGAAUUUACAGGGCAGGUUAAAAUCCAACAGAAAGCUGUCAACUGAACUCACCUUUAACUUCCAGAUUGAGGCAAUAGUAUGUCUGCAGGACAGUGUUUUAGCGUUCUGGAAGCAUGGAAUGCAGGGAAGAAGCUUUAAAAACAGUGAGAUUACUCAGGAGAUCUCUGAUAACUCGCGAAUCUACAGGCUGCUGGGUGCGGACAGAGUGGUGGUGUUGGAAAGCAAACCGACGGAAGACCCUACAGCUCAAAGUAAUCUGUACAUCCUCGCGGGCCACGAGAACAGCUACUGACAACACACUGCCUUAACACACACUACAUAAUGCACGCUACAAAGUACAUGCUCCUGAGACUUAUACGCCUCAUGUUCAUUUAUGAAGCUACUGAACAAAACACUACAAACAAAAAACGGCAAACCGAGUAAGUUAAUACAUUAUAUCUUUUGGUAUCGUACAGGUUUAACGUCAUUUUUUUUGGUACUGCCAAACUGCGUGAACUUACUAUAGAUGCAUUUCAGUGUCAGAGAGCUUGAUACACAACCAUCAGUUCUGUGCGACUGAGAUAACUAAUGUGAAAACACAACAGUCUAGUACAAAAUAUCAUGGCUUUUUAUAUAUCAGGCAUGAUAUGCAGGUGUUUUACCAUCUUGUCAGCUUUGUAGCUUUCAGUACUGCACUGUAAACAGCUCUUCUCUGUCAUGCUUAUAACAGUUCACACCGAACACAUUCUCGCAUUUAAAAAUAGAAGAACACAAGAAUGUGUUUACAUAGAAAAACAUUUAGUAGAAUGGAACGCAAAAACACGCUCCGUGUGAACCAACUGUACGUCUAACAAUCUCAGCUGUAUUUUCUUCUGCUUCUUUUUCUCUACAUUUCCAUCUUUUGGCCUCCGCUUUUAUCAUAAGGGUGAUGUUGUAUUAGUAAAAUUUCUAUGAAAUUUUGCGGGUAAAAAAAGUCCAUUGUCAUUUCAAUGUCACUUUCAAACCAAGUAAUUUUCUGUUGGUCAGGGCAGCAAAUUAAUGUGACUAAUAUUACCCCGAUGUGAAAUCUUUGUGCGAAAAUCUUUAACACCCAAAUGAGAAAUUUCCUAAAUAUCUGUUAAUGUAACUGCACUUUAAGGCUUCAGUAAGUUUUAUGUUUCCUUAUUAACAGCACAAUAACAGACAGUGAAACCUUAGUGCAGGUGUUUCUGUUGUUUUGUAGAUUAUGAAUGUUAAUGAGCUUAUAGGCCAUUCACACAGAAUGCAAUUUUGCAUUUAAAAAAUGUGUGACCAAGUACAAUGGAAUGAAAAAAAGAGACACAUUUAAGACACAUUUAGAACCGCAUGUCAUUUGCAAGACACUACGAGAGGUGCAAGAGUAAAGGGCAAUCUAGCAUAUGUUUACAUACAAAACAAUGAAAAAGCAGCUGAGAGAAAUACAAAAAAAUGUUCUCUGUGAACAAAAUUUUUUGCUUAUUAAUGAUUUUUAAGGUUUAAUGAUUUUUGCUUUUAAGUUGCCAAAUACAAGAGUAAUUUUGUUGGCUCGUUUAAAUAUACACUAGGGGGCGCCAUGUUAUCAUGACAUUAUUCGGCAACUCGUUACUCAAACUCCUGAAGUUAAAAUCCUGAAGGAUAUUUAGUUAACACAUCCAGUGGAUUAAGCAUACUGUAGUGAUAUCCUUAAAUCCUCCUUUUCAUUAUUAAAAAAGUACUGUGGCUGUAUCAUGGUAUAGAGGUAUCAGAUGGCAAUACCAUAUACACUAUAUCAUGGUUCUGAAUGAUUACCCUAGUCACAUACCAUGGUAUUUACAUGGUACUCUAGGUGCUUUAAACAAUACCAUGGUAUUAACAUAGUGCAAUGACCAAGAAAUCGUGAAAAUACCACAAUAAUACCGAUACUGUAACAACAUCUUGAGCCACUUAAUGGGAAUGGAGUGAGUUUUUCUAUUUCAUUAUUUAUGCAGAAAGGCCAAGUGUCAUGUUUUAGUUCAUUACCAAGCACUGUUAUUGAAUACAUUUGCUCACGUGUGCUUUUCUCUGUGUGCUGUGUGUGUGUGUGUGUUAAUGGAUGACUCUGCACUUACUGGCUGUAAUGUCAAUAGUAAGAGUUUAACAGAUAAAGAAAUCCUAUUUAUCAGGCUCACUGAAAACUGAAUAGAGAUAACAUAACGUCUUACGGAUUCAGAUGCAGUAUGUGUAAAUAUAAAAUGGGAAGUCUAGAAUGUAGCUAUCUGUGAAGCUUUCUAGCAUUUUCAUCAGUUCGAAUCACAUAUCUGAAUACGAACUGUUCUUUUUGUGUCGAAAUAGCAAAGUCAUGUUUCGUUCAGCUGAAUGCGAAAAUUUAGCAUGUCGUGUCUACCUCUAACAUGCAUUUAAAAACUCUACAUAAGAUCAUACGCCAUUAAAACCCUACUGCAAAUAAAGUAUCUCCCUAGCAGCAUUUUAAACCCUGGGCUUGCCACAUGAUCUAUGAUCUGUUUUUUUGUCAAGACCCAAAUGAAACCGUGUCUGAGCCUAAUCUCCAGUAACAUUUACUCUAUAUGUUUGAAAGAGUCAUAACUGUGUUAUUGGAUACUUUGAGUACAGAGCGUGUGUCAAACUACUCCAUGUUCACUACAGCAGCGUUUUCUUGUGUGAUGUGAUGCAUAUGUCUUGUAUAUAGUGUAAAAUAAUUUGAGUUUUACAGACUGUAUAAAGCCAAUAUUUUGUUUCAAAUGUGAAACUCUUUUAUGAGAUUUAACACAUUAAACCAAGGUGGAAAAAUAUAAAAUAGA